AUGCCAUCAUCCGAAGACCGACAGAGCCAACUGACAGUUGGCGAAUUGAAAGAACUGAUCGAGAUGAACAUCAAGGCUCUCUGUCUCUCCGACAAAGUCAGGCUGUUCCUGGUUAAGCGUGUUGCGGAGCAUUCAGGUCAGAUUCUUUAUGGAGCUGGCGUUGCUUCGUAUUGGAGCACCAAGUGCACCGAUAUCCUUUUCCGAAGCAGCGGCGAAAGAUUCACAAUUAAAAGUGCGCUGGAGGAUAUCCUGGACCAGACGAUGGCCGAGCUGAGUGAAAAAGCUCUCUUUCCAAAAUGGUGUAUCAAAGACUUGAAUGUCUUCAAAUAG